AUGAACGAUUUCUCCCAAGAAAAUUUGAUUGGAACUGGUGGAUUCGGUGAAGUGUUCAAGGGGACAUUCGAUGAUGGAACCGUGUUUUCCAUCAAGCGUGCGAAGUUUGGAAGCACCAAAGGCAUUGAUCAGAUGCGAAACGAGGUUCGAAUUCUGUGCCAAGUAAACCACAGAAGCUUGGUGAAACUCCUUGGUUGUUGCUUGGAACUUGAACACCCUUUGCUGAUACACGAGUACGUUUCAAAUGGGACCCUUUUUUAUUACCUUCAUCGCCAUUCUUGUGGCACAAGGGAACCCCUGAAAUUGUACCAAAGACUCAAAAUUGCACACCAAACAGCCGAAGGGCUUUCAUAUCAACAUCAAAGUAAAUCAGAACACAAAGAGAAAUGGGGUACUGCAUCACCUUGCAGCAUAUUCUGA